AGCUCCCGCCUAGCCGCUCCCGUGUUCUUUCGCCUCUUUUUCUCUCCUCUUCCGCCCUGUGUAUCUUCUUCUCUCCGAGCGUUUCUUCGCGGUCGCGUCGAAGAUUCUAUACAGAGCAUCUCCGCCGUCGCGCCGCAGUUCUUCCCUCGUCGAGCAUUUCGGUCUCUGCAGCUAAGAGGUACUGCCAGGCCUUUGUAAAAUCCUUUAAUGCGUCGCUCAUCGUCAGCUUUCGGUACAUGAUAUUUUCUUUCCGAUUGAAUGCUUGCCACCCAUCAAAACGGGAUUCUUUGACGGGACUUUUAUCUCCAAUUCGUUAUCCAGUCCAACGAAGGUCAUGGGUGUGGAAUAGGGACUGGUGUUGUAAGUGGGCAUACUGUGGAAGACGGGAUAACUAUGGUUUUCGCUCACAGACGAGACGAACCUCUGCAUUGACAGUGUGGCCGCAGUAUUGUAUGUUCCCAUUGCUAAAGCAAGUGGAUAGGCUGCAAAGGUCCUCGCUGGUGUCCUACUACUCUGACCUCAUAAAUCAAUGUCUGUCUUUGAAAUCUCUUCAUUAUACCAAAGCCAUCCAUGCGCAGUUGAUAAAAGUUGGACUUGCUCGCCACACAUUUCUGGGUAAUCGAUGUCUGGAUUUGUACGCGUGCUUUGGCACGAUGAAGGAUGUCUUGAACGUGUUUGAUGAUAUCCCUGGCAAGAACGUGGUGUCUUGGAAUAUUUGCUUGAAAGGGUUGCUGAAACGCAGCGACAUUAGAAAGGCACGUGUAAUGUUCGAUGGAAUGCCUCAAAGGGAUGUUGUAAGUUGGAAUUCCAUGCUCUCGUGGUAUGCAUCUAAUGGAUUUGUUUAUUAUGCAUUGGAGCUGUUUUGGGAAAUGCAAACUGCUGGAGUUGAACCGAGUCAGUACACAUACUCCAUGGUGGCGUCGUUUGUCCAAUGUGCUGAUCAUGGCAGGCAAAUCCAUGCUAGAAUGAUCAGGAGUGGCAUGAAUGCACAUGAUGUGGUGCUCGGAAAUUCUUUGAUUGACAUGUAUGGGAAGCUUGGUCUUGUUGACUAUGCUUAUAGAGUAUUUAUGACCAUGGAAAAGAUUGACAUCAUUUCUUGGAACUCGCUGAUUUCAGGGCUAUGCAACUCAUGGCAAAGUCAAUCUGCACUGGAGCUGUUCACCACAAUGCUUCAUGUAGGACAAUCUCCAGAUGAGUUUACAGUUUCAUUGAUUUUCACAAUCUGUUGCAACUUGCAACAACUAGAGAAGGGUGAACAACUUUUCUGUUUGUCUACAAAGAUGGGCUUUCUUUCCAAUGCAAUAGUUGCAAGUGCCAUCAUUGAUCUAUUCUCCCAGUGCAACAGAUUGGAGUAUUCGGUUCAGUUCUUUGACAAAGUAGAAAAAUGGGAUAUAGCUCUGUGUAAUUCCAUGAUUUCAAGCUACAUUUACCAUGACCAUCGGGAAGUUGCUCUAAAUCUUUUUGUUCUGGUUCUGAGGAAAGGCCUCGAGCCGACUGAGUUUACCUUAAGCAGUGUUCUGGGUGCUGUUUCUUUUCAUCAGGCAGAGCAGGGAAAUCAAUUGCAUUCCCUGGUUAUUAAGACAGGUUUGGAAUCAGAUGUAGUUCUCGCUAGUUCUCUUUUGGAUAUGUACAACAGAGUUGGUUUAGUAAACUCAUCCAUGAAGGUCUUUCUUCAUAUGGUUGCAAAGGAUUUGAUCUCUUGGAAUUGCAUGAUUAUGGGUUUGACUCGCAAUGGAAAGGUAAUUGAGGCACUAGGCUUAUUCGCGAAAUUGCUUCAAGUGGGUCUGCCACCAGAUAGAAUAACAUUAUAUGCCGUGUUGCAAGCCUGUGACUAUGGAGGAUUUUUUGCUGAAGGAAUGGCUACAUUUUCAUGCAUGGAGGAAGAGUAUGCAAUAAUUCCUGCGGGAGAACAUUAUACCUGCGUCUUGAACUUGUUGAGCCAGUAUGGAAAACUCCAAGAAAUUGUCAAUGUUGUAGAAAAGAUGCCUUAUGAGCCCAAUUAUGAGAUGUGGGAAUUGAUGCUUCGGCUCUGUAGUUUGCUUGGAGAUUUGGAACUCAUGGAAGAAGUUGUAAGAAGGAUGAUGGAAGUGGAGCCUCAGUCAUCGGUACCUUAUUUGGUCCUAGCUAGGGAAUAUGAAAUGAGGGGCAGAUGGGAGGGCAUUGUUCGAGUUAGGAUGGCAAUGAAAGAUGGGGGUGUCAGAAAGACAGUAGGAUGUAGUUGGAUUGGGAUAAAUAAUCAUGUAUUCACUUUCAGAGAAGACCAGUUACAAUAUCAUGGAGGUGAAGACAACUAUGUCGUUCUAAGUUUACUUAUGUGGGUGAUGGAAAGACAAGAUCCAUGGCAGGAUAGUCAUCCAGGAAAUGAAGAUCAUGUUGGUGCUUAAACAUCUUUCACUUGGUCAUGUUUCAAUUUCAACCCAACAUGGCCAUGAAUGAUGCCUGCUUUUGUCUAGAGUGCCCUUUGGUAUUGUAUGCUGCAUUAAGCUCCAGGUUGAAAAGCUACAUCAAUAACCAGCUCCCUGGGAAUAGAGGUUCCAUUUGUUUUUGCCAUGACAGGUAGAUAUGAGCUUAUUCAGUGCAGAUGAUCUGUUGUGACACUAUUCUUUCACAACUUGACUUGCAGUUGCUAGUGAUACAGAGGGAAUCAGAAAACUCUUGCUCAAAAUUGACUUUUGAGGUUAUAAUAGUGUAUGAUGCAUUUCAAUUGGUCAAUCAGGUCCCUCAAUUAUUGUCCUUGUGCAAUUGGGUUCCUGAAAUAUAUACUUUUUUUCUCUUCAAGUUGGUCCUUCUGUUAAAAGUAUAAAUGGAGAUGCUGAUGUGGCUAUUAAAUGUUGGCAUGUCACGUUAUAUGGCAUCUUACAUGGUAAUUGAAAAAUGUUGAUUUCAAGAUUUUAGAAAAAUUGAAAUCUGGAAAAGAAAAGGAAAAUUCAAACAGAGGAGAAGUUGAGGACGAUGGUAGCUACAGUUAAGGCAGAAGCAGCACUGAUGCCACCCAUGCAUUGGUGGGGGAGGGCAUUCCUUGCUGGGCUCAGGUGAAGUUGGUGCAACCCUUGCCACUACUUUUGUGUGCUCAAAAAGAAAAAAGAAAAAAAAAAGGAAGAGCCAGGCAAGGUUGUGGUCAUCACUGGCUUUGCUAGUUGCCGGUCAGAGUUGCUGCCACCUUGCCACUAGCGGCCCUCGUUUCUCUGGCAGUGAUGGCUGUGGCCUUUGCUGAGAUCUGCAACCCUCACCCAGAUCUGAGGUGAGGGUCAUAGCCUAUGUCGUCAAAGAAUAUCAAAGUGGGUGGUAGUGCUCGACCUUGAGGUGGUGAACGUUGUGAAGGUCGGGGACUUGGAGAGGCGUGCUUCUGUGGCAACCUGUGAAGAAGAUCGAAGAAUAAAAUCUGCAGAUUCUCUGCAAGCUUGGUGAAAGAUUGUAGAGGUGCCAGAAGAGGAAGAGCAGAUGCAUUGACCCGUUACAAGAAUGAAAUCUCGAUUGCAUUUGACGGCCAUGUCAGCAUCUCCACCUGUUUUUUUCUCAAAAGGACCAAUUUGAGUAGAAAAAUAAAAUUUAAGGACUCAAUUGCAAAGAAGAAAAGAAGAAGAAGAAGAAGAAGAAGAAGAACAAAAGUAGAGUAAACUGAUUGAACAUUUUGCAAUAGUUCAUGGACCCUCGGUGCCUUUAGUCCUUUGAGAAUUCAAUGAUUCCACACCAAGCCACUGGGGCUGCUAAUUAAAGUUAUGACUGAGAACCUUGCAAUGGAUGAUCGUGCUGGUAGAUGUUAGCUAUUAAUUCCAAUUAUAGAAAAUUCAAAUAGAGAAAUGUAAUAGUUUAUUUGAAACCUGUUUUGAUGAAUUAUUAAAAGAAAUAUGAAAAAAAUGUCUUGAGGAAAACUUAUGCCAAACCCAGAAGCUUUGGAGCAGAUUAUGCUUUUUAGUUUUCUUGGUUUCCCUUUGAGUGUAAUUAUGUUGGCUUUUGAUUUGACACAUUCCAACCAUCCUUCUUGUUUUGCAGCCAUUCGAUCUCCUCGUUUGGCUAGGAACCUGCAAACAGGUUGGAUGAAGAUCUGCAAAAGCUGGGUCUGUGUUUUACAACUAUGCUUUGACUUUGCUAAACCAAUGCUUUUGUUCUGUGAAAACUCAGUUAAGAUCUUGAAGUUCAAAAGCAGUCAAUUUACUGGCAUGCACUUAAGGUAGGAUUUCUUCAACCAUUUUAUUAUUAAAGUUAGUCAUGUUUAUUCGCUCGAUAGUCUGAUUCUCCUAUAUCCCAUUGCUCAUAUUCACGCCAUCUAAUUUUGCUACUUGCUGGAAUUUUUGGUUGAUAAGACAGAAAAAACUGGCUUUUCAUCCUGUUGCUCCUAAAGGUUAAACAAGGCCUUGGGUUGAGAUGAGAGUGCACGACAGGAUCUAUGUCUCGAUUGGAUCAGCAUAUGCCAUAGCAAUUAUCUGUUUCUGUGAAAUAUUCAGGAAUUUAAACUCUCCCUUAUCCUUGUUCAACGUUUUCUAUAUACUUUUCAUAUCAGAUCGGCUAUUCACUAAUGAUCUGUUGCUGUUGGUUGCAACUUAAUGUGUGGAUGACACCAUCAUCUUGAUGGAAGGCUUUGCUUAAUAAAUGCAUAUAAAACAUUGAGCAGAUUAAUGUAAUUGUAUCAGCGAAAUUAUAAAAGUUUAGCUAGGGUGGUUCUUCUUUUUCUUCUGUUAAGUGGAUGGGUGGGGAGGGGUGACCAGCACCCUCUGGAUGUCACCAUAAGGGAUUCAUACCCAUUACAAAAUGUUAAGUUUUGGCUAUAGCAACUCAUUCCACCCUAGGUGUACGAGCUUGUCAUCGGAACGUUACUGGCGUGGUAGAAUUUUUGAAGUCUCUCCACACGAGAUAGCACAUGCCUACAGCACAUAUUGACCAAAGAGUCACUCACAACAUAACUCAAAUUUGUGGCCUCAUGGAAGACAGUAAUUAUUCUUUAUGAGCACAUUAAGUUGUACAAAUGACUGAGCCAAUCACUGUGCACCUACAUCUAAAAGCUGACAAUCAUGUACUUUAAUGUGUAACUAAGUUUUACAUAGGAAGCUCUUCCCAAUUGUUAAUGUCAUUGCAUACUUGAAGAUGGUUGCUUUUGUUGUCGUAAAUUACUUUAGCUGAUCUGUGCAACUCUCCUAAGUCUCAUUCGUUAACAUGUUUUGAGCACGGUGCAGGUGCUUGGUUAAAAAUUGAAUUAUGAAGAUCGCCGGGAUCUAUUAGGCUCAGGUUUGUUGAAUGAAGUCUCUUGCAUGGCAUCUCCAUUAAAUCUCUGCUCCGAUUCCUGAUAUUGUUCUUUUGUUUGUUUGGAAGGUAUAGACUGUAGUGUGAUUAAAUGGUUUUUAUGUUGCUUCACUCUAGAUAUGAUAUUUUUUCAGAGAUGGUUGUCAAAUAGAAGGUAAGGAAAAUGAAGCUUGUUGCUCGCUGAGCUGUGGGGACUUCAGAAGGUGAUUGUUUCUAUGAUGACGACCACAUCUCUAUUGAUGGUGACGAGGAGAUUGCAUUCACCAAGUGUUGACAAAUGGUUCGACAUUCUACAUUGGCAUGUUAUAUGGGCAAAAAAUGGUAACAUUGAUUAUGAUUUUUCUGCUGUCAUCAAGGAAGCAAAUUUCAAGACCUAUUUUGAUUGAGGUUAGUUAUCCACUGUAAAUGGGGGUUUUGUUGCACACCUGGCAAAAUUUCAAGGGAAAGAAGUUAGCUUUCUAGCUGUUACUACUGGAGAAAUUGGGAGUUUCCUCCCCUUUUCAAACUUAAUCUGUUAACUGAGUACUUUACUGGUAAAAAUACAAACAUGAGAGUCCGGGUGGGCAACUCACGGAGGAGGAGAAAAUCUGUUGGCAUAUUGCAAUUAUUGUUUUUAUCUUUUUCUGAAUGCAAUGCCAUUUUCCCAGCGUCCUUUGACUCUUUGAUAAUAGAAAUACGACUGUAGGUUAUGGUUAACCUGACUACUACAGUGUGCAAAGUAGUGCCAAGGAAAUUGCAGCAAUGAAGAACCUUGGAUGGCCAAAUGUGCUUUCCAUGUACCUGAUGAUAAUAAAAAGUGAAUAAAUAACAAAAGAACGUCUCUCUCUAUUGUGUGAGGGAGACCAAUUUGGUAUGGAUAAUCAACUUGUUAGAAACAGUUUUUUGCGCAUGAAUUUGUAUACGGGCAGCUUCUAUGUAAGGCCAUAUUGUAUAGGGGCAGUACCUCCUUGGUUUCCUCUAAAUGAAAUCGUACUGCUUUUGAAGCCGAGUGAAAUGCAGAAUUGCCUGAAUGUAAAAGGAAAUACAAGGACGAAACUGCAGAGCUGAGACCUAUCAUUAAGGCUGAACUACCGCUGGUUGACACGGAGCAUUCCUGGUGAGUAUUUGUGUUCAUAAUUGAUCAACCAAAGUAAUUCCUUGUUAGAGUUUUGAUGCAUUCUCUACUAUGCAGAUGCCCAUUUGUUUGAAAAACUUAUACAUUACCUCCUGUAAAAGUUAUCAUCGUUACAUUUUUGUAGUUUUGGAGUGCGAAUUCAGUGUAGAUCUAUAUUAACGACCUUCAAGGUGUGCAGUUGCCCACCGGUUAUGUUAAAUUUGUAUUAUGAACAGAAGUAGUGUGGCAAACACUUCACUUCAUACAGUAAGGCAGAGCUUAUCUUUCUGAACAAUUCUUGGGGAAUUAACACCAAGAGUCUUAAAACUCGUGCUUCUUCAUCUCUCAAGUCUCAAAAAAA